AUGGGUGGAGGAAGGAUUGAUGUGUACAUGGACAUUGGUAAACGACUAACACACACUCUGCAUACAAUAGUGUCCCUAUACAGCUACCUAGCCUUCCUAGACCUCCAACAAAAUGGUGAACUUCUCAGGGCACACAAUGUAGAGGUUGAAUUUCAUCCUGUUCUUCUUGGGGCUAUCGUCGUCGGCUCAGGUAACAAACCCCCUUGGACCCUACCCGCCAAAGCCGUCUACUUCGCUCAUGACGUCCGGCAGUCCAUCGCCCGGUUUCCGGGGCUGGUUAUCCAAACACCCAAGGACCUGAUGGCUGUUUCCAAGAGUAUUGUCCCCAACCGCGCCCUCCACUUCAUCAAAUCCCACCACUCCCCUUCUACCUUCCUCACCAUCUUACACUACUUCAUGUAUCUCUUCUGGUCUCCUCCCAACUUGGACCUGACGCUGCCGGAAAACGUGGCCAAGGCGUUGUUGGAGUGUCCGGAGGACUUUGAUGGCUCUAUUGCUGCUCAAAGUAGUGAAGGAGAUCAGAAGAAGGAGAAGUUGUUCACAAAAGAACAAGUAGAAGAGAUCAUGAAGGGGACUGAAACACCCCAAAUCAAAGACGCCCUGAAGAACACGACGCAGGAGGCCUUGAAUAAGGGGGCGUUUGGGAAUCCGUGGAUCUGGGUUACUGACGAGAAAGGGAGGCAGGAGCCGUUUUUUGGGAGUGAUAGAUUCCAUUUCGUCUACAAGUUCCUUAGCUUGCCGUACCAGGAUGUUACGCUUUUGCCUCCCGUGGCCGCCGCUACCACCGUCACGAUCCCGCCGGUUACUAAUCAAUUUACACCAACUCCAACCACCACAUCAACCACAUCGGCCUUUUCAACUAUUUUCACCACCACCAAUCGAAUACCCAGUACCACCACUCUCUCCUCAACAUCCAACACACCCCCUAAAAUCAACGCCACCUCUCAAUCCUCCCACUCCACCGCCGCCUCCCGCCACGAAAUUAUCCUCCUAGCCCUCGGCAUCUUCAUCCUAGUGUCCCAAUUAGCGCUAAUCAUCUGGGUCGGCGUCCGCAGACGGCGAUUCUCCCUUUCUUCUUCCUCGGGUUCGGCUUGUGCGUAUCAUCACUGGCACAGGGAGAAUUGCCCCAGGGAGUUGAACGGGUUGCAGUUGGAUGGACGGGGGAGUGGUCUUGGUUGUGGGUCAGGAUCAGGAUCCGGAUCAGGAUCAGGAAGAGGAGGAGGAGGAGGGUUUGGACAUUGGCAUGAAAAAGGGGGAAAGUGUUUGUGGAAAGAAGCAUUUGGGGAGAGUCCUUCCAGUCCGAUGAGUUCGAAGACGAUGGGGCUGAGGGCUAAAGAGGGUAUGGAAGAGGAGGAAGACGGGUUGGAGAGUUCUUCUGGGUCUGAAUUUGCGUAUGACGGGGAUGAGGGCGAGGGAGGGAGAGAGGGUAUACGCAGCCGGGGCAACUCUGUUGUCAUUGCUGGUGCGCACGAGCUUGUGGACAGGGUGAGGAAGAGGAGUAAUAGCUUGGGCACGUUUCUCAUGGGAAUAGGGGUAGGAGAGGGACAGCAUGUCGAGAUGGUACCUGAAGAGCAGCAGAAGACAGCAACGAGGAAAAGGAGCAAUACUUUUACGAUGGGAUUAGGGAGGAGGAUCAGCGGUGGAGGUGAGAUUGGCCUCAGAGAACGCAAAGGAUCUGCUGCCACUGCCACUGCCACAACCAUUGCCAGGGAAGGGAAUACUGAGAUGGGUGUUGGAAGGACGAGUGGGCUGAGUGCUGAUUUGGGGAGAUUGGGAGGAAAAUUUGACGGGACUGAAGAACGUGAUGGCGGCGGUGGUGGUAGUAAGAAAAGGCGUGGAUCCUGGGUACAGGUUCUCAGGAGAUUUUCUGGGCUGGGUUACCAACAUGGAGUGCAAGACCCGGAGAAAGGAGGCUGUUGGUAA